AUGUCAGACAUCGGGGACUGGUUCCGAAGCAUCCCUUUGAUCACCCGGUAUUGGUUUGCUGCUUCGAUUGCUGUUCCCUUUAUCGGUAAACUAGGAUUGAUUGAUUUUAGGAACCUUAUGCUGGUCCCAGAGCUGGUCUUUAGCAGAUUUCAGCUCUGGAGGCCGGUGACAGCCACCCUUUAUUUCCCCAUCACCCCAAAUACUGGCUUCCUCUACCUGGUCAACCUUUAUUUCCUCUACCAUUACUCCACUCGGCUAGAAACAGGAGCGUUUGAUGGCCGGCCUGCAGACUAUGUUUUCAUGCUCCUUUUCAACUGGAUCUGCAUUGUCAUAACCGGGCUGCUGAUGGACAUGCGGCUGCUGAUGAUCCCACUGAUCAUGUCGGUGCUGUACGUCUGGGCUCAGUUCAACAGCGAGAUGAUCGUGUCUUUCUGGUUUGGAACUCGCUUCAAGGCACAUUAUCUACCUUGGGUCAUCCUGGUCUUCAACUUUGUCAUCGGAGGAUCAUUUGUGAAUGAGCUGACAGGCAAUCUGGUCGGCCACCUCUACUUUUUCCUCAUGUUCAAAUACCCCAUGGACCUGGGCGGACGCUCCUUCCUCUCCACGCCGGAGUUCUUGUAUCGGUUCUUCCCUAACACCAGAGGAGGAGUGUCGGGGUUUGGAGUUCCUCCGACCAGGAGGCCGGUUCCCCAGGAGCCGCCAGCGGCAGGCGGGGGAGGAGGAGGCCGUCACAACUGGGGACAAGGCUUUCGCCUCGGAGGAGAAUGAGAUCCACUCUCCCUCCGCUCCCUCUAACAAACAACUGAGCAGUUGACUUUUUUUUUUUUUUUCUGCCUGAGAUUUUUGCUUCCUCACAAUUUUCUGUUUUGAGAGAGAGAGAGAGAGAAACUUUACCUCAAGUUUUAUUCACGUGUGUGUGCGUUAGGUUUUAAAAGAUGCUGCAGGAUGAAACCCGUGAAAGUGUGUGUAUGUGUUUUAACCGGAACUGCUCCGCUCUGCACUACCGGACUCGGACUCUGACCGUAGGCUCGGUUCAUGCCGUUUCUACUGCUGCACGUCUCCGGCAGACGGAACUUAUGAAAAUAAAUGUCUUUUUUUUCCCGUGGCGACCCCGAACGCCUCCCGCUCAUUUCCGUCUUUCCUGUCCUCUUCCGCUGUUUUCCUCCACGACUCGACUGUCGACACGAGAGAUGUUGCAGCUGCACGCUGUUGAUUCGGACUCCUCCCUCCCUGUGAUGCCAUAUCGGAUUACAUUGUAAUUAUCACUGCCGAGUGCGCCGUCGGCCUUCCUCCAGCAGAAGAGAAGGGAAGCUACAGCGCAUAUAAAAAAAAAAGAAAAAAGUAUUCACCUCCUUGGAUGUGUUGCCCUCUUUAUUGCUUUUACAAAUCAAUCAUGAUCAACAAAAGUUGGCUUCACAAAGAA